AUGUUGUUAGAUCAUCUAACUGACGCAGCUGACUACCAUACUUACCACACCGCCAUGUCUUCCAACUUCUUCAGCCAAUCGCCAACGGUCGUUCUGCCGCCCCAGGCACCGAAUCAAUACUUCGUCAACAACCACUACGGUGGCGCCAAUGGCACUGCUCCAGCCGUCAACGGCAUCUCACCCAACGGGCUGUCCAACUCCGCCCCAUUCACUCCAACGGCAUCCACUCCUGCUUCCUCACUAGCUGGUCGCAAGCGUUCUAGAGGCGACAUCUACACCGAAGACGGCGACGGCGAAGAUGAGCGACUUGAUGGCUCGACUGCGACUCCAAUCGAAGAAGACCUGGUCAAGCCACGAGGCAAGCCGGUCUACGGCCCAGGCAUGACAGUCCUCUACCCAGAGGAUCCCGGCUACGCCAUGGCCGCUGCAUCACAGUCUGGAACCUGGGUUGAAGAGGGGGCGGAGCGACGACCCUUUCAGCUCGCCCACGCAAAGCGUCCGUCGGUCACCAGUCGCAAAUCGCAGCGUGUUGACUCCAAAGCUGCCGGGCCAGACGACCUUGCUCAGCUCGUACUGCCAGCAUCAAUGCGCGAAGCCUGCGCAGAGCCGCUCAUCGAUGAGGCCACUCGCGUUCUUGGCAUCAGCUGGGCCCGUAUGGACUCCACCGAAGCACUCCAAAUCAACAAGAGAGCGUACUCCAAGUGGAUCCAAAAUCAUUAUCCAUGCCUCAAGAAUGUUGAUGUUUGGUUCGAAAGCAGCUCCAUUCCCGGCUAUCUCGUCCACGGCCUCAACGCGUACAACGGCCAGCACGAGUACUACAUCUUCUCCCACGACCUUACCGAGGCACGCCUUGUCACAAACGAGCCUAGCCAGCUUCUGCCACGCCUCCAAAUGCUACCAGCACUGCACCUCGCUGCCCCAGGCGGCCACAUCCGGGCUGAGACGGACCCCAUCACCGCUGCUCAGAACGAGGCCAACGACAUACAAGCGGACAUGAUGGCGAUGCAUGGUCCCAGAGAGCCAGUCGGCAUCUGCACCGCUCAUGCUAUGGAGCUCGACUAA